CGCUGUGCUGAACGCAGCCCGGGCACUUCCGGCUCCUCACGGCUGCACGGACAACCUUGGAUCAGCGCAUGUGAACUCACACCUCAGUAAACUCAGUUAUUAUUCUCUAAAACAUUCUGGAUAAUAAUGUGGUCGCGGCCUCUGACGGGAGUUUAGCCGGGGAUGUUUCCAUCAUCUCGCCUGUUUUUGCUCCAGUAAGUCAAACUCGGUGAAGCCUGAGUCUCAGCAGUAUCAUGUCCUUGCUGAGGAUGGUGCGUCUCCCCCCGGUGAAGCCGCAGCAGCUCCUGCUCCCCUCCGCCCCUCCGGUCUGUGCUGCCAGGCGGACCGUGAUCCAGGGUGAAUACAGGCGGCCCGGACAGCCCAAAGAUGACACCCCUGCAUGGAUGAAGAUCAAGUUUGACUUCUCUAAAGGCGUGGAGGGGAUCAAAAAGCACUUCAUGCUGCUGAGGAGGGAGUUUUUGGACCGCUGGGUGGGUCCAGAGGGCAAGCCCAUCAUCGAGCACAUGCUGGAGCAGAACCGGCUGAUCUGGGAGUUCAGAGGCCCGGAGAGCCUGGAGGAGUGGACCGUGUCCUCUGACCGAGAGAUCGGGGGUCAGAGUGAAGUUUACCUGAAGCUCGGUAGAAACAGUAACACCUGCUUUCUGUAUGGGACUCUCUGCUCCACUCCUCCAAAGGAUGGAGAGACGCGAUACAGCGGCUACUGCUCCAUGCGCUCAAAGCAGCAGCUGGCUUCGUUUGACAGGAAGAAGCACUUUGACUGGUCCAGCUUCAACACACUGCAUCUCCGUAUCCGUGGUGACGGCCGCCCGUGGAUGAUCAACAUCGCAGCAGAGACGUACUUCUCCCACCAGAAGGACGAUGUUUACAGCUACUUCUUGUAUACCAGGGGAGGACCGUACUGGCAGGAGGUCAAGAUUCCCUUCUCCAAGUUCUUCCUGACACAUCGUGGAAGAAUACAAGAUAAUCAACAUCCUCUCUGGCUGGACAAGGUCAACACCAUUGGCUUCACGUUGGGAGAUAAAGCAGAUGGUCCGUUUCAGCUGGAGAUUGAUUACGUCGGCGUCUGUAAAGAUUAUGCGCACACUGAAGACUUCGCCUAUGAGGUGUACAAAAGGAACCCUGAGGUCUGAGAGCAGUGCACUACAGCAGCACGUCAAGAACUGUUUUCAGAUCGACAAGCUGCUGUUAUACUGGGACCGUUGAGGAAGCUAACGAGAGCCAUGGCAUCCUCAGAGGGACAAGAUACAUGUUCAAGAUGCGAACCACCACUUCUGUCACUCUUGGUCAUGCAUCAGUAAUGAAGAGAUGCUUUAUAAAUAUUUUUUUGUGUACUCUGAUGCUUCAAGGGGAAUUAAAACAUUUUUGCUCUGUACACUGAAGUGACACAAAGAGGUGAGCUGCAUGGAAGGAAAAAAAAAAAAAUCAAACAAGAAACUGGACAGAUUUACAUUGCUGUUAGAUGAUUCUUUACUCCAGAGUGACUUUCAGUAAAAAAAG